UCUUAAAUAAAAAAAAGGAGGAAGAAACCCCAAAGUAAAAGUCUUCCAAGUUCUCUCCUAAAAAAUAUUUUCAAUUCCAGUAGACAAGGCUCUCUCUCUGUAAUUCCAUUACGGAUUGGAGCCAAACAGGGAAUUUUUUCAUGGAUUCUCGGUUUUUUCUUGGAUUUUUUCUUCUUAGUUUCCUUCAUUUCUCUUUCGUGUCGGCUGAGAUUAAUGGAUCGCUGCUUAAAAUGAAAAGGGGAACUUCUUCUGUUCUGUUUGACCCAUCUCGUGUAACUCAACUCUCAUGGCACCCUAGGGCUUUUAUUUACAAAGGAUUUUUAUCGGCUGAGGAAAGUGAUCACCUUAUUACUCUGGCUAAGGAUAAGUUGGAGAAGUCAAUGGUGGCGGAUAAUGAGUCUGGUCAGAGCGUAGAAAGCGAAGUUCGAACCAGCUCUGGCAUGUUUCUUCAGAAAGCUCAGGAUGAAGUCAUUGUUGAUAUUGAAGCCAGGAUUGCUGCAUGGACCUUCCUUCCAGUAGAGAAUGGAGAGUCCAUGCAAAUACUACACUAUGAGCAUGGCCAGAAGUAUGAGCCUCAUUUUGAUUAUUUUCAUGACAAGGCUAACCAAGAGCUGGGUGGUCACCGUAUUGCCACUGUACUGAUGUAUUUGUCUGAUGUUGAGAGUGGUGGGGAAACUGUCUUUCCAAAUUCACAGGGAAAACUUGCUCAGCCCAAGGAUGACAGUUGGUCAGAUUGUGCUAAAAAUGGAUAUGCAGUGAAACCCAGAAAAGGCGAUGCAUUACUGUUCUUCAGUCUUCAUCCUGAUGCGACUACAGAUACAGACAGUUUGCACGGGAGUUGCCCAGUGAUAAAGGGUGAGAAAUGGUCUGCAACAAAGUGGAUCCAUGUAAGGUCGUUUGAUAAACUAGAGAGGCGCUCUGAAAAUGGGGAUUGCGUUGAUGAAAAUAACAACUGCCCUGUCUGGGCUAAGGCCGGAGAGUGUGAAAAGAACCCUAUUUACAUGGUGGGUUCUGAAGAGUCAUACGGAAUCUGUAGGAAGAGUUGUAAGGUGUGCUCCUCCUAGAAAGUUCUUGGGGCUGCUUUCUGGGUUCCUUAAAGAGUAAUGGUCAAACCCAUUUAAUAGUUGUACAUACUGAUAUUUGAGUUAUGCUCAAUGGGCACACACAUUUUGUAGGACGAGAAAUCUUUUUAUUGCGAAAUGUCAUAUGUUCAAGAUGAUUUUACCA